AUGGAUUGCACUUACAAGACUAACAGGUAUCGUCUUCGUUUGUUAGAGAUUGUUGGAGUUACAUCGACUGAAUACACAUUCUCUAUUGCGUUUGUUUUUCUUGAGUCAGAACAAGAGGACAACUACACAUGGGCAUUGGAUAGAUUAAAAAAUAUGAUGGACAUUGACUUUCUUCCUAAUGUAGUUGUCACAGAUAGAGAAUUAGCGUUAAUCAAUGCUAUUGAAAAGGUCUUCCCUGUUGCAAAACAUCUUUUGUGUCGAUAUCAUAUAUCAAAUAAUGUGUUGACUAAAUGUCGAAAAAUAUUGGAGUCAAAAGAAAAGUGGGAUAAUUUUCUUUCUGAUUGGAACAGAUUCACUUUAUCAUCAUCGGAAAAUUCAAUAAUGCAUUUUGGCACUACUACUACUACAAAUAGGGUUGAAAGUGCACAUGCAAAGUUAAAGAGAUACUUACGCUCAUCACAAGGAAAUUUUGAGACUUCAUGGUCUACAACACAUAACUUGCUAGAGCUACAACACACAGAGAUAAAAGCGUCGUUUGAGAAAAGUUUGACGACUGUUCAACAUAAUUUCAAGCCUACAUUAUUCAAAGAAUUGAGAGGAUUUAUUUCAAGAUGUGCCCUUGAUAAGGUAUUUCAAGAGUCAAAGCGAGGUGAUUGGGUUGGAUUUGAUAUUCAUGCUUGUGGAUGUGUUAUUCGUCGCACGCAUGGAUUGCCAUGUGCCCAUGAGAUUAAUGAAUAUCAGAUAGAAGGACAAGCUAUUCCCUUAGCAUGUAUAAACUCUUAUUGGAGGAAGCUUGACUUGGUAAAAUCUACCCAAAAUGAAGCUAAUGAAAUAAGUUGUGAUGCAGUGAUUGAAUUAUUUCUUAGACGGUUUCAAGAGGUCGAUAUUCCUACUAAAUUACACUUACAAAGAAAGUUAAGGGAGUUAGCUGAACCAUCAACAACUUUUCUUGUCGAACCAGAGGUGAAAAUGAAUACACGUGGUCGACCACCUUCAAAAUUUGAUCAUUCUACUAGUCGAGAUCCAUCUACUUUUGAAUAUGUUUCUGCUAAAUACGAUAAAUCUUCUAUUUCUUCUAAUUUGAAUACGAAGAAUAAAGAUGUACGUCUGAACACUUCACAACACUCACAAUCUUAUCUAAAGUCAUUACCAUGUGAGUUGAAACCAUACAUUUGUUUUGUUAAAGAUGUAGAAAGUGAUGGAAAUUGUGGUUUUCGAGCUAUUGCAGACUUGAUGGGCAUGGGUGAGGAUGGUUGGAUGCAAAUGACUAUGCCUGAUAUGGGACACAUUAUAGCUUCUCGUUAUAAUGUUGUCUUAGUGCACUUAUCAAUACAACAAUGUCUGACAUUUCUCCCACUUGGAUCUAAUCCUUUGCCAGCUAUUUUACACAAAAUCAUUACAAUUGGUUUCAUCAAUAAUAAUCACUUCAUUGAGGUAUUCAUGCAGAACGAUUCUCCAACACCGCCCGCUGCUACUAAUUGGGUUAGGUACCACUAUUCAUGUGCAGAAGGAUGGCAAACUCCUUAUGAAGGACUGGUGAGAGCAUUUCGUGACUUAGUUGGGAAAGAAAUAGCAACACAAGAGACUACUAAUUUAGAUACUCCAUAA